UUCGGCUUCUGCAAACUUUGCUUUCCGCUCGACCAUCACCUCUCAUUUUUUCUGGGUCGAUCCAAGCAACCCAACCAUAGCAGUCUGAUUGUCUGAUUUGUUGGUAGUGUAGUGUAUUGGCCACCCAGCAUGUCCUCUCCAUCUCUCUGUCGCUCCCUGACGCUGCUCCCGCAUCGCGCAUCCUGGUCUCUUCGAGCCAUUGUGCAUUUAAUCUCGACACAUCAAUUGACGUGUGAAGAGUUGGCGCGAUAUUGUCAUUCCACGGCAGUGGCAGGCGACCAAGUCUGGGAAUUGGGGGCCUUUAGCCGGAUAUCUUCCUGGGAGGAUAUUGCUCAAGCCGCUCGAGAAUCGGAUCAACGGCGUGCCAAUCAAGAACAACGGAGUCCCUUGGAUGGGAUUCCCAUUUCCAUCAAGGCCAAUUUGGCUGUAGCAGAUCAUCCACUGACAGCGGGCAGUCGCAUCCUGGGAGCUUUUUCCAAUUCCGACCACAAUAAUCAUAAUGUGGGAUACAAUGCUGCCGUGGUACAACGCUUGGUCGAAGACUGUGGCGCCAUUUGCAUUGGUAUUACCAACAUGGAUGAAUUUGGCAUGGGGAGUCUGGGAACCAACACUAGCAAUUCCAAACCGACCAAGAAUCCCUUGGCGUACUUGACAUCACCACCACCCAAUGCACCCGAAAUGACACUGGCAGAAAUCGUGAAACACGAUCCUUCCGACAUUUUGAAAGCUCACCAAGAGCAGCAACAGCAAGAUCAAACCAACAACAAUAAUUAUGCCGCAGGUGGAUCCUCCUGUGGGGCAGCCGCUUCCAUUGCUCAUGGAUCGUCUCUGAUUGCCUUUGGAUCGGACACGGGUGGAUCCAUUCGAUUGCCGGCCGCGUGGUGUGGAGUCGUUGGGUUGAAACCAUCCUAUGGACGCUUGAGUCGCCACGGAUUGGUCAGCUAUGCCUCUUCCUUGGAUACCGUAGGAUUCGUGACACCCACGGUCGACUGUGCCUCGAUGGUGUUGGAGGAGUUGGCCGCCGACAAGUCCAUCCCGAAGGAUUCCACGUCUCAUGUCUACUCAACCACCCAACGAAAUAACAAACCACAGGAGACAAUCACCCGAGAAGAACCAACCACACAUGAUAGCAGCAACCAUCCCUUACAGGGUAUCAGGAUUGGAAUUCCGGCUGCCUUUUGCGUGGAAGAAUGCCCCGACGCGGUCCAGAAAGCCUGGACCCAAGGGGCCAAUGAUCUGGCCGAUGCGGGUGCCUCUGUAGUGCACUUGUCCCACGAUAUUGUGUCACCCGAGAUGAUUCAACAAAGUUUGGCCGCUUACUACGUGCUUGCAUGUGCCGAAGCUAGCUCCAAUCUCGCCCGAUACGAUGGGUUCCGGUACGGAGUCGCGGCGGAGACAGCAGCAAAUGAUACUAAUGAUGACAAUGACGAACGUUCGUCUCUGCAUCGACAAUAUGCCGCGACGCGAACCACCGGAUUUGGACUGGAAGUCAUUCGACGCAUCUUAUGUGGCACGGCCGUCUUGUCCUCGGACAAGUUCCACACCCAUUACGAAGGUGCUGCCAAACUCCGUGCCUUGGUGACUCGACAACUUCACAAUGCUUUGGAAACACAUGUGGACUAUCUGUUGAUCCCGACUGUAGUCUCGCCACCGCCAUGUUUGGACGAGGAGGCCGUGGACAGUACUGCCAUGUUUGCCAAUGACAUCAUGACCGUGCCCAUAAGUCUGGCUGGAUUGGCAGCCGUAAGUGUAGCCCCGGAUACCGCGACUGUGGACGGAGUGGUCGGGUUACAGCUAGUGGGGCAUCGGCUCGAUGAAGAAAGACUGCUGGAAGUGGCUCGAUACUUGGCUAGGCAAGCCACGUAACGUUUUAGCUAGACUACGGGGGAGUAGUAUGUAGAAUAUCGUUAUUCCUUAAUAAAAUGGAAACAGGAUGAUAUGAAAUUAGAGUGGAACAGUGUAGAUUGAUCGUGAAU